AUGAACUGCUUUAGACCAUAACAAGUUCAAUUUGGCCAUCCUAAACGGUCUAUCCAAGUGCUUCAAAGAGAUGUGUCUCAAGUCGACAGCGGGUUUUUCAGUUUCCUCCUGCUUUUCCACAUUAUUGGAAUCUUUGGAAUACUUGUUGUGACAUUCUGUUAUUACGAGGAAAGUGGCGAAGAGGAAUAUUAAUAAAAAUUGCUUUAGUUUGUGCAUUUUAGCUUCUGGACUUUUUUUUAGGAUCACACAAGUACCAUCAACAAAAGUUUUUAUACUUAACCUCAUUUCUCAAACUGUCAAAAGAUAUCAACGGAUUAGCAGUUACUCUAGUGCUGUAUUUUUCUUUUUUCAAUCGUGUAUUUUAAAGAAGGAUAGAAAAAAAACAGUAGGUGAUCGGAUCACCUAGACUCAAAAAAAAUAACCCAAAAUGUCAAACCAAACCUAACCUCACAACCAAAAACAACAUUUUUAUCAUUUUAUGUGUGUGGAAUUUUUACUAAUUUUUUUAAUAAUCGAUUGAAUAAUUGACUUAUUUAAUUAAGUAAUGGGAAAGCUGACUCCAAGGUACUUUACACAACCCGAAAACCCUUCGGUAGAUCCACCAAAAAACUCCAAAAUCCCAGAAAUCAUCCAAUUCGAUGUUUCGGAUGUCAAAAAGAAACCAUGGGGCCGUCGCAGGGAGGACAACAGAACAGGCAAAAACCAUACCAAAAUAACAAAAAAAUUCGACAAAAACAAGAGCAUAUUCAAAACCGACAAGGGAGAGCGCAAACAACAAACUCAAAAAAAAAGAUACAAAGUCCCCAAAGAAUGGCUGGACAAGUACUCGAAAGGCGAAGGCGUCAAUUUAAAAAAAGUCAAGACAAACGUACACCAAAAACGAAUCGAGCACAAAGAAAAGCAAAUUCAAUAUGCUACAGAUAUUGCUGCAAAAACGGAAAUUUUGUUAACUCAAGACGCAGGUUUUCUAGAAGCCGAUGGCGGAGAAACUACAACACAAUUUACACAAAAACAAAUUGCCGAAAGUGUCGAUAUAACUGCAGCUUCAAAAUCUUUUCAAUUGAACCUGGAAUUUGGUCCAUACAGAUCAAAAUAUACUAAAAAUGGUCGUCACAUGGUUUUGGGAGGUAAAAAAGGCCACGUAGCAGCUUUUGAUUGGGUCACAAAAAAGCUACAUUGUGAAAUAAAUGUAAUGGAAGCUGUACAUGAUGUGAGCUUUUUGCAUUUAGAAACCAUGUUUGCUGUAGCUCAAAAAGACUGGGUUUACAUUUACGAUAAUCAAGGCAUAGAGCUACAUUGCGUUAAAAGAUUAAACAAAGUUUCUAGAAUGGAAUUUUUGCCUUAUCAUUUUCUUUUAGGGACUUGUAGUGAUGAAGGUUAUUUAAGUUGGCUAGAUGUCUCAAUAGGCAAGCUAACGUCCCAAUACAACACUAAUUUGGGUCGUUUAAGUGUCCUAACUCAAAAUCCUUGGAAUGCUUGUUUGUGUUUGGGCCAUGCUAAAGGUGUAGUGUCAAUGUGGAGCCCCAAUUCCAGAGAACCUUUGGCUAAAAUGUUGUGCCAUAAGGCACCCAUUGUUGCCGCUCAUGUUGAUCCAACAGGAAUGUAUAUGGCAACAUCGGCUAGUAAUAGGGAGCUAAAAAUUUGGGACAUACGGAAAUUGGAAGGUCCUGUGCAAGAAUAUAAGCUUGUAAGUGCUGCAACGAAUUUAGGGUUUUCGCAAAAGAAAAUGCUGGCUGUAGGGAUGGGAAAUAUUGUUGAAGUUUAUAGGGAUUGUUGUACAGAAGCUGCCAAAAGACCAUAUUUGAGGCAUAGAUUUAACAAUCCUAUAGGAAACUUCAAUUUCUGUCCGUACGAAGAUGUCUUGGGAGUCGCCACUGCCAGAGGCUUUACAAGUUUAUUAGUGCCUGGAUCUGGCGAGCCCAACUUUGAUACUUAUGAGGCCAAUCCCUUCCAAUCCAAGAAACAACGGCAAGAGUCUGAAGUCAAGGCCUUAUUGGAGAAGAUUCAGCCUGAGUUGAUAACACUGGAUCCUACGGUUAUAGCUGAAGUAGAUGUGGCAACUUUGAGAGACAAGGUUGACGCUAAGAAGAAGUUAUUGUAUGUGAAACCUCCAAAGAUCAAUUACGAGCCUAGAAAUAAAGCUAAAGGCAAAGGAGGGUCGGUUAAACUUGCCAGGAAUAAGAAAAUUUUACGAGAGGAAGCUAAGAAGGAGUUUAUUCAAGCAACUAAAGAUAUCCUGCCUGAAGCUAAAGACAGCAAAAAGAAAAAGAAGCCUUUCAAUGUUUUGGACAGAUUUGUGCCAAAAAAGAAAGUUUAAUAUUGUAAAAUAAAUUAUCAAGGCUAUUUAAAAAAAGAAGUUAUUUUUGUUUGAAUAAUUCCAAAAAGAAAGUUGCUGAACACAAUUUUGUACUUUUUAUUUUAACAUAAGAGUCCUCCUAAUCCCCCAAACAAAGAGAUACAAAUUAGAAAAUAAUUGGUAGACAAAUUAAUUAUCAUAUAAGUAAAUAUAAAAAAUGUUUAUUGAUGUAGAUAAAACUCAUAAAAUAUCACAUUAUAUGUACAACAUUAAUAAACAAUCUCAUGGAAAAAUAAACCUAACUGACUAUAGAUGGUAUAACUCCAUCCAAUAUAAGUGAGUUUCUGACUAUUUCAAACAUCUUCUUUCAUUUUCAAUGGCCUAGGACAAUAUUCGUUUAAUUUCCCGACCAUUGCCAAAUGUUUUUUGGACAAAAAGUGCCUCCUCAAACAAUACCCCAUUCUAGUCUGAAAUUUACAAAUAUUGCACUCGUGUAUUAACAAAUCGAAUUUUCCGUGAAUUUCCAAGUGCACCCUCAAAUUUCUGCGAUAUUUCGUCGAAAACGAACAAAUAUCGCAAAUGUAUUGCACAUCUUUGUGUUUGUCCAUGUGCGUCACCAAUAAGCCUUUUCUGGAAGUUGUAUAAGGGCAUUGAGCGCACUCAAAAAGCUCCUGAUAGAAUGGAUUUGGUUUUGAUGUAUUAGUACAAUGCACAUCUUUAAUAUGCCUUCUCAAAGUGCACUUUUGUUUGAAUUUAUAUUCGCAUAUGGCGCAAGUGAAAUAUUUCAUUUCACUAGCUGGCUUAUGCACCAUAUCGUGGCGUCUGAGAUGGCUCCUUUGCAUAGUUUUGUAGCUGCACUCUGUGCAAUGGUACCAAAUCUGCUCGUAUGGGUCUUUGUGGUACCUCUCGUGUCUUUUGAAAGAAUUUUUUUUGGUUGUUGUGUAGUCGCAAUCUUCACAGCGAAUAAGCUUAUGGUUGGAUUUUUUUGUUUUUGAAGUUCUUUUGUUGUUUUUAUCAUUUUCAAGCCUAGGAGGAGAAUGAUUGAGUUUUUCAGCCAAAUUUAUUUGAUCGACAUUAACAUCUUCGUCAUCACUUUUUCUGAUAAAUUCCAUAUCAUCAAUUUCUUGUUUAAUUAAAACGUUUAUUUGAUUUGACAAUAUAUCUUCGUUAUUAUUUUCUUCAGUCUUCAUUAAUAUUGUGUCCUCAAACUCAGCUUUCAUUAAAACAUCUUCUUCAGUAUUAAUUUCUUGUUUGAUAUUUUCUGUUUUAAUUAUCAUAUUAUUGUCAUCUAGAUUUUCCUCAUCAGGGUCCGUUUUUGUAUUUACUAAACAUGCAUUUUCGGUAUGAAUUCUGAAAAAAU